UGAUGGUUUAAAAAUAAUGGAUGAUGAAAAAACGCGUAACAGUAAAGAAAGAAAUAGAGAGAGAGCUGGUCAGCACUUAGGCACUAUCGUCGGAUAUUUCUGAGCAAAGAGCGAGGCAGCCAGCCAGCAGCCCAAUAAUUCAAUAUAAUAUCUUCAAACCAAAACAAAAAAAAUAGCAUCUUUGAACACCAAUUCUCCUCAUUUUUACAUUUUCAUUUCUUGAUUUUCAGAUCCAUCCACUCUACGAACCAGCACAACCAGUGUAAUCAUUUGGAUGAAGAGAAGGGGUAUGAUUUGAUGGGCAACACAUGCCGCGGAUCUUUCAAAGGCAAACUUGAUCAGGGCUACAGCCAGCCUGAGGAACUCUCCACCGUUUCUGACCACUCCCCUUCCACUCCCGCCCCGACGCAACAAUUCGUCCCCGACAAACACAAUCUCGUUAGCCCCAAUAAGAUAAUGAGGCGCGGUGCUGAUAACCAGUCCUAUUAUGUUCUGGGUCAUAAAACUGCCAACAUUCGUGAUCUUUACACUUUAGGUCGUAAAUUAGGACAAGGACAAUUCGGUACCACUUACUUAUGCGUCGAGAAUUCCUCAGGCAUCGAGUAUGCGUGCAAGUCCAUUUCUAAGCGCAAACUGAUCUCCAAGGAGGAUGUAGAGGAUGUUCGCCGAGAGAUUCAGAUAAUGCACCAUUUGGCUGGCCACCGCAAUAUUGUAACCAUUAAGGGUGCUUAUGAGGAUCCAUUGUAUGUUCAUAUAGUUAUGGAGCUUUGCUCUGGAGGAGAAUUGUUUGAUAGAAUCAUUCAAAGGGGUCAUUAUAGUGAGAGCAAAGCAGCUGAGUUGACCAAGAUAAUUGUAGGGGUUGUUGAGGCAUGCCAUUCGCUAGGUGUUAUGCAUAGAGAUCUUAAGCCUGAAAACUUCUUGUUGGUCAACAAGGAUGAUGACUUCUCCCUUAAAGCCAUUGAUUUUGGACUUUCUGUUUUCUUCAAACCAGGUCAAGUUUUCACUGAUGUCGUUGGAAGCCCGUAUUAUGUUGCUCCUGAGGUACUCCUCAAGCAUUACGGCCCAGAGGCAGAUGUAUGGACAGCUGGGGUCAUACUCUAUAUAUUGCUGAGUGGAGUGCCACCAUUUUGGGCAGAAACACAACAAGGGAUAUUUGAUGCAGUACUGAAGGGAUAUAUUGACUUUGAAUCAGACCCUUGGCCUCUUAUAUCAGACAGCGGCAAAGAUCUCAUCCGCAAGAUGCUUUGCGGUCGGCCUUCAGAUCGAUUGACUGCCCAUGAAGUGCUAUGCCAUCCCUGGAUUUGUGAGAAUGGAGUUGCUCCAGAUAGGGCCCUGGAUCCCGCUGUACUUUCUCGUCUCAAACAAUUCUCUGCAAUGAAUAAAUUGAAAAAGAUGGCCUUACGGGUUAUAGCUGAAAGUCUGUCCGAGGAGGAGAUUGCUGGUUUGCGAGAAAUGUUCCAGACUAUGGAUACUGAUAACAGUGGUGCAAUUACAUUUGAUGAGCUAAAAGCUGGCUUGCGAAGAUAUGGCUCUACCUUGAAGGAUACAGAAAUACGGGAUCUUAUGGAUGCGGCUGAUGUGGACAACAGCGGGACAAUUGACUAUGGGGAAUUUAUAGCUGCAACAGUUCAUUUGAACAAAUUAGAAAGAGAGGAACAUCUUGUUGCAGCUUUCCGAUACUUUGAUAAGGAUGAAAGUGGUUAUAUUACAGUGGAUGAGCUGCAGCAAGCGUGUACGGAACAUAACAUGACCGAUGUUUUACUUGAAGAUAUAAUCAGAGAAGUUGACCAAGAUAAUGAUGGAAGAAUAGAUUAUGGUGAAUUUGUUGCGAUGAUGCAAAAAGGCAAUGCUGGAAUGGGUAGACGAACUAUGCGGAACAGUCUGAAUAUGAGCAUGAGAGAUGCACCAGGCGCUUAAUAGCUUUGAAUUCCACGACAUGUGCAGGCUAUGCUGAAAGAGGAUUGCUGUAUGAGUAAACGAGAAGUCGUCAAAUCAUUCUGAAACAGUUCAAGUGUCCUUGUCUAGUUUUUUUUAAAGAUGAUGUAAAAAGCUUUCAUUCUUGGGGUGUUGUAUUAAUGAUAGGAGUGGUUGAGGUAAGUGAAAGAUUACAUUUUGAUCCUAACUUGUUUAGGAGACUAAUACAUUAUUCUGAAUAGACACAAGGUUACAAGUACUGUCAUUGUGAGAUCAAAUUAAAAUUACUUUUUCUUAA